AACUGCAAAACAGAAAAGAAAGGAUGAAACAAGUGUUGCGCAAGAACAGGAUUACGUAAGGAUAGUACAAGAACACAAUGAGUCACGAACGAAAUGAACAGAAAGAAAGGAAAAGAAGAAGAGAACAGAGUCUUAUGCGCUGUCAGAUCAUAACAUCUAGAAUUAAGAGCCAUACCUAUUCGUUUAUUAUAGGUAUUAAUAAUGAUGUAUAAUUCGGCAAAUCAAUCAACAUGCGCACAAUAUGACUUACCAUCAACAAUAAAACAAGAAAAUAAUGAAGAUUUUAUAAUUAUAUGGCUUACUGGUUGUCAUGGAAAGAAAAUAAAUAAUUUUAUGACCACAUGCUUUGAUCUAAUUAGUAUAAUUAAUAAUUUAAAACUAUUCGAUAAUGUAGAUGAAUGUAUUGAUUAUUUAACAUCACUUCCGUUGAACAUACAUACAUUUCUAGUUCUAUCUUCACAUCAAUUCAUUCUUCCUCUUAUUCACGAAAUAUCUCAAAUUAGAUAUAUUUACAUAUUCAAUGUAAAAGACGCUAAUGAUGAGAAUAACUAUUUAGAAUAUGUAAAAUUUCAGAAGAUAUUCAAUGAUAAUCAAUUACUUAUUGAUAAAAUAAGUGAAGAUGUUCAACUAUUUUCAAAACAACUUUCAACAUCUAUGACAUUUUUCAGCAAUACUGAUGAAAGUAUUAAAGAAAAAUCUCUUAAGAAUUUAUCGAAAGAAAGUCAAUAUUUUAUGUAUAUGCACUUAUUUAUUGAAAUAUUACUUCAGCAUUCAAAAUCGAAUGAAGCGAAAAGUGAUUUGCUACAUGAAUGUCGACACCGUUUUAAUGACAAUAAAAAUCAAUUGAAAGUAAUUGAUGAAUUUGAACAGCAAUAUACAUCAGAUAAAGCCAUUCGCUGGUAUACUCGUGAUUGUUUUUUAUAUCGUCUAUUAAAUAAAGCGUUAAGAUAUCAAGAUUUCGAUACGAUAUACAAACUUCGAUAUAUUGUCAACGAAUUAUGUCAGCAAUUGAAAGAUUUAUAUUCAGCACAAUCAACAGAAUUAAAGAAGAUUGAAACAGUCUAUCGUGGGCAAUUAAUUAGUAAGAAUGAAUUAUAUAUUCUACAACAAACUAAAGGAGGCUUAGUAUCGAUGAAUUCCUUUUUUUCAACAACAUUAGAUAAAACUGUAGCAUUAGAUUUCAUUAUGGGCGCAGUUGAAGGUGAAAUUGUACCGGUUCUAUUUGAAAUAAAUAUUAAUAUCAUCAAUUCCAUAUCAACUCCAUAUGCUAAUAUAGAAAAGUAUAGUUAUAUUGAACAUGAACAAGAAAUAUUAUUUUUCAUGGAUUGUACGUUUCGGAUUGAUUCAGUAGAGAAAUGUAUGGAAAAUAAUCAAAUAUAUUUAGUUAAAUUAACUAUAAGUAACCAACAUGAAGAAGAGAAUGGACUUAAAACAUUGACCGAUCAUAUAAGAAUGGAAAUUCAGAGAGAAACUCAUGAGUUAGCCGCAUUAGGACGUCUAAUGAUGACAAUGGGUCACUAUGACAAAGCUAUACAGUAUUAUAAAUUAUUGAUCACAAAAUUAUCAUCACAUGAUCCAUACAUUGGCAGCUUAUACACUAACAUUUCAAUAGUUUACCAGAACCAAGGCAACUAUGCUGCAGCCUCGCAUUAUCUUAUGAAAGCACUAAGCAUUCAAUUAAAAUCGUUGCCUGAACAGUACAUGGACGUUGCAAAGACAUACAGCAACAUUGGAUCACUUUAUAUAAAUCAAGGCAACUAUGCUGAAUCUUUGAAUUAUUACGAGAAAGCACUCAACAUUCAAUUAAAGUGUUUGCCUGAAAAUCAUCCAGACUUUGCGCAAAUAUACGUCAACAUUGGAUCAACUCACCAGAGUCAAGGUGACUAUGUUAAAGCCCUGUCUUAUUAUGAAAAAGCACUCAAUAUUGAGUCAAAAUCUUUUCCUGAAAAUCAUCCAUGCAUUGCAGCAACGUACACCAACAUUGCAUUACUUCACCAGAAUAAAGGCAAUUAUACCGAAGCGCUGCAUUAUUAUGAGAAAAUACUUGACAUUCAAUUAAAAUCAUUGCCCGAAAACCAUACUGAUAUUGCACUGACAUACAACAACAUGGGAGAAGUUUCCAAAAAUCUAGGCAAACAUUCAGAAGCCUUGAAUUAUUGUGAGAAAGCACUUAAUAUUCAAUUAAAAUCCUCGUCUAAAAACUGUCCAGGCGUUGGAGGAGCGUACAACAACUUUGCAAUAGUUCAUCAAAGUCACGGCAACUAUGUUGAAGCCUUGAAUUAUAGCGAGAAAGCACUCAACAUUCAAUUAGAAUGUUUGCCUGAAAAUCAUCCAGACCUUGCGAAAACAUUUAACACUAUUGGACAAGUUUAUCAAAGUCAAGGCAACUAUGUCGAAAGUUUGAAUUAUCUUAGGAAAGCACUCAGCAUUCAAUUGAAAUCUCUGUCUGAAAAUCACCCGGACAUUGCAGGGACAUACAAUAACAUUGCAGCAGUUCACCGAAGUCAAGGUAACAAUACUGAAGCCUUGGAUUAUUAUGAGAAAGCACUCAGCAUCGAGUUAAAACGUUUGUGUGAGAAGCAUCCAGACGUUGCAAAGAUAUAUCGCAACAUUGGAUCCGUUCAUCAAAGUCAAGGUAAUUAUGCUGAAGCUUUGAAUUAUUACGUGAAAGCACUCGAAACGCAGUUUAAAUUUUUGCCGGAAGAUCAUCCAGACAUUGAAAAGAUGUACCGAAACAUUGUAUCAAUUUACCUCAGUCAAGGCGACUAUGCUGAAGCCUUGAACUACUGUACAAAAAUACUUAACAUUCAAUUAAAAUCCUUGUCUGAAAAUCAUCCAAAUAUUGCAAGGACAUACGGAACCAUUGCAGCGGUACACCAGAGCCAAGGCAACUAUACUGAAGCAUUGAAUUACUUUGAGAAAACACUGAACAUUAGAUUAAAAUUAUUACUUGAAACUCUUCCAGAUAUUGCAAGAACAUAUAUCACCAUUGGAGAAGUUCAUCAAAAUGAAGACAGCUACGGUGAAGCUUUGAGUUAUUGUGAAAAAAUACUUCAAAUUCAAUUAAACUCUUUGCCCGAAAAUCAUCCGAACAUCGCGAAGACUUACAACAAUAUCGGAUUUGUUUGCAAACGACAAGGCAACUACGCUAAAGCCAUGAAUUACUAUGUGAAAACUCUUGAAAUUCAAUUAAAAUCCUUGCCUGAAAAUGAUCCAGAAAUAGUAAGAACGUAUUGGAAUAUUGGUAACCUUUACAGUUGUCAUGGAAACAAAGCAAAAGUGUUGGAAGAAUGGCAGACAGCAUUGUCUAUUGCAUCGAAAUCUUUGCCAUCGAAUCAUCCAUGGGUUGUUGGCCUGUUACAGAAAAUUGCGCCAGUACAAGAACAAGAAGUAGGCGAGGUUGAGAUGAAGGUUGAUGAAUCGGCAACACCAAGUGAAGCGAACAAUGAGAAGGCCGAUCACGAACGGAGAAUGAAGAGAAAGAAGGACGAGGAAGAACAAAGGACGAAGAGAACGAAGAACGAACAAUGA